AUGCAUGCAGCCUGCCAGGAUAAUGAAUUUGAGGAGGCAGAGAAGUAUGAUUCUCAAGCUCAAACUAGGGUAAUCAGUCUGAAGGAACUCCCAGGUCUCCAGGCUACAUACCUAAACAGAACUGUGAGCCAAACUCUCAGCACAAGGGACAGAAGAUUAGUACCUAUUCCCACCGAGGACCCAUGUAAAUAUUCAUCCCCCGGCCAGGCAGCUGCUUGUGAUAGUAAAACCUGUCAAGUUUCAAGUGUAUUUGCUGGGCGCCACCAGAAGGUACAAGAAACUGGACGAGGUAUCCAGUGUAAAAAUGGUGGGGUUGGGACCUCUUCUGUGGAGCUGACACAAAAUGUUCAGAGCAAUGGAUCUUGCGGCAGUUCCUCGCAGAAUAAAAUCAAGACCUCAGUCAAUGCGGGAGAAGUCUUGGAACUAACAAAUGGUCGGAAGGAUCAAGUUACCGUGCCAAGACAGCAGUCUGUAUUUGUAGGCCGGCUCGGGCAGCCUCCUCGUGGACCGCUCUCCUUGCACAUGUACAGCCGAAAGAAUGUUUUUCUCCAGCACAGUUUGUACACCUCUGACUUGCAGGCUUUGGGCCAGAAAGAUGGCUAGGACAUGACAUGCUGCAGAUCCAUGACGGAGAUAAGAAACUCAUUGCUGC